ACGAGGACGACGACUACGAUACACUGCAGUGUGGGGCAGGUGUGGGUCAGUUCUGACAGAGAUAAACUCCAAGGACACUACAUUUAGUCCCAACUACUGAAUCCGCACCGUACCGUCGUCCUUUGGUCACCGCUUCCGCCAAAGCCAAAACGCGCAUUUUGGUCAUCUCCAACUCUGGCAUUUCCGGCGGCGGGUGGACUCUAAAUCCACCAUGAACAUUGCGAAUCCCGUCUCCAGAGAGGUCACGUCAGUGGCAUUCUCAUUCCUGACUUCAAAUGAUAUUCGUAAACUUUCGGUGAAGCAAAUCACAAAUCCCCUCUUGUUUGACAACUUAAACCAUCCUACUAAAGGCGGUCUUUAUGACCCGUGCUUGGGACCGCAUGACAAGGGUGCUAGUUGUGGGACAUGCUCCCUCGGUUACUUUUCGUGUCCUGGCCAUUUCGGUCACAUUGAUCUCGCGGCCCCUGUUUAUAAUCCCAUCACCUUUCGACUCAUGUACAAACUCCUACAAUCCCUCUGUUUCUUUUGCCACCGUCUUCGUUCCUCCCGCAUAGUCAUUGCCCACUUUGGCGCAAAGCUUAAACUGAUCUACGCUGGUCUCAUUACGGAAGCCGCUGGCCUUGAUGAAGCUGUGUCCCUGAAAGGUCUUCGGAUAGGCGGAGGCGCAAAGUCCAAAAAGGCCAAGAAAGAAAACAAAAAGACAAAGUUGAUUGAUGAUGAAGCUGAGGAGGGAGAUGAGGAUGAAGGCGAGGAAGAGGAAGGGGAGGAGAAUGGCAUGGAUAUUGAUGAGGAACUUGGUACCGGGCCGAAAACGGAAGAAGAAACGUUGGCGAGAAUAGAUGCCUAUGUGGAGCAAUGUUUGGCCAACAUGCCAGAAAGUGGUGUGUUACGGAAAGCAACAUUGAUCACUGAAAACCUUCGGAAAUUGGAGCGACAAUUCCUUGGGGCCAUACCGAGUAAUAGUUGUAGCAACUGCCGGGGACAAAGUCCAAAGUUCAGAAAAGAAGGGGAACACAAGAUAUUUCAAAAAUCGCUCAGUACUAAGCAAAAGUCCCUUAUGGAUGCCCGAGGGCUCAAAUUUGAGAAGCUCUUUGGUGGUGCUGCUGCUGCAGCAUCCGACGCAGUCCAAGAAGAAAAUUUGACCUACCCCAAGCCCGACUCUAUGGACAUUGAUGAUGCCCGUUCAAUGGGUAUACAAAGUAUUAGGUCAUUAUCCGCUCAAGAUACUGCUGCGGAUGUCGAGGAAGACGACGAGGAAGAGGAAACUGAGGUUGUCGCAAACCGUGACAAGUUUUUAACCCCCAUGGAAGUUCAAGAGCAUUUUAAACUACUGUGGGCGCGGGAACAAACGAUAUUCGAUCUUUUAUACGGUGCCACGUCUGUAGAGAACGGAGCGCGGACCUCAAGCUGGACCAUGUUUUUCUUGGAUGUUGUGUCCGUCACCCCCACCCGGUUCCGUCCAGUUUCUAAAAUGAACGACAUGUUGUACGAGCAUCCCCAGAACACACAUCUUACCGAGGUUCUCAAAGCAAAUCUGAUGAUUCAGGACUUGCGAGCCCAGGAACGAGAGGCGUUGGCGGUUAUUGCUGACAAAGAUAGCAAGCUAUACCGAGACCGCAAAGCAGAGUUUUUGAAGCGCACUGUGGAAGCAUGGAUCAAGUUGCAAAUGAGCGUGAAUUUCUUGAUUGACAGUUCGAAAGCACCCCUGACUGCUGGGGGCAAGAUGGCUCCCUUGGGUAUCCGACAGCUGCUUGAGAAAAAGGAGGGAUUAUUCCGUAAACACAUGAUGGGAAAGCGUGUCAAUUUUGCGGCCCGUAGUGUUAUUAGUCCUGACCCUUAUAUAGAGACGAGCGAAAUUGGAAUUCCACCAGUCUUUGCCACAAAAUUGACGUACCCGGAACCGGUAACCCAUCAUAACGUGAAAGAGUUGCGACGGGCAGUAAUCAAUGGCCCGCUGAAAUGGCCCGGCGCAACCCAUGUUCAAAACGAGGAUGGCACGAUGGUAAACUUGGCCAUCUUUGAUGAAGGUGGACGGACGGCAAUUGCGAAUCAGUUGCUCACCCCAACCAUUUCUGGCACAACGAGCGAUGCUCAGCAUCAGUCUCACAUUAAUAAAAAAGUGCUUCGUCAUCUCCGCAACGGUGAUUUCCUACUACUCAACCGUCAGCCUACGUUGCAUAAGCCCUCUAUCAUGGCGCAUACUGCCCGUGUCUUGCCCGGAGAGAAAACCAUUAGAAUGCACUAUGCCAACUGCAACACGUACAAUGCCGAUUUCGACGGUGACGAAAUGAAUGCUCAUUUCCCUCAAAAUGAAAUCGGCAGAGCAGAGGCCAUGUUGAUUGCACGUACCGACAAGCAGUACCUUGUACCUACAGACGGCGGUGUUCUACGUGGUUUGAUCCAGGACCAUGUCGAUGCAGGUGUGGAUAUGUGUAGUCGAGACACUGUUUUCACCAGAGAGGAGUACAUGCAACUCGUCUAUUCUUGCUUGAGACCGGAAGGAAUGGCUGGAAACACAGUUGGGAAUGGUAACAUUGAACAAGAGUUGAUUAUUGGGGAUGGUGGACGAGUUGUCACGAUCGAGCCUACCUUUUACAGGCCGAGAAUGUUGUGGACGGGAAAACAAGUGAUUACUACAGUGCUCUUGAACUUGACUGCAGGAUCUGAGCCACUCAAUCUCAAAUCUAAAGCCAGAAUUCCAGCAAAGGCUUGGGGUCCCACUGCACCUGAAGAGCAAGCUGUCCUUUUCAUGGACGGACAUCUCCUCACCGGAGUACUGGACAAAUCGCAGUUCGGUGCCAGCGCGAACGGUCUGGUUCAUGCUGUCUACGAAAUUUACGGUCCACCCUAUGCGGGAAAACUGUUGUCAAUCCUUGGACGCUUGUUCACUUCCUACCUCCAAAUGGUGGGAUUCUCGUGUCGAAUGGACGAUUUGCGUUUAACGCCCUCUGGCGAUAACAAACGCCGAGAAUUGAUCCAAGAGUCUCGGACGAUGGGCCGUGAAGCUGUAAUGGAGUACGUCGGAUUACAAGAUAAGGAUGGAAAGCCUCUUGUUCAAGGACCCGAAGGCGAGCUGCGUCUGAAGCAAAAAUUAGAAGGCGUAUUGAGAGUCGAUGAAAAGAUGGCUGGAUUGGAUGCGGCAAUGAAGAGCAAGACCAACCGCGUGACCUCGAAUAUCAUUUCCAGCACCGUGCCGGAUCAGCUCUUGAAACCUUUCCCCAGGAAUAACAUGCAGAUGAUGACAGUAUCUGGUGCUAAGGGUUCCAACGUGAACGUGUCGCAAAUCUCGUGCCUCUUGGGGCAACAAGAGUUGGAGGGUCGUCGUGUCCCCACAAUGAUUUCUGGGAAAACGUUACCUAGUUUCCUACCGUUUGAUACGGCGGCAAGGUCCGGUGGAUUUAUCACGGGACGUUUCUUGACUGGCAUCAAGCCACAAGAGUAUUUUUUCCAUUGCAUGGCUGGUCGUGAGGGGUUGAUCGAUACUGCCGUCAAGACAUCUCGGUCUGGAUAUCUUCAAAGAUGUCUAAUCAAACCACUGGAAGGUUUACGCGUCCAUUACGACCACACGGUCCGGGAUUCGGAUGGGUCUGUGGUCCAGUUUCAUUACGGCGAGGAUUCAUUGGACGUGACAAAGCAAAAGACUUUGACAAAGUUUGAUUUCUGCGCCAUGAAUUACCGAGCACUUGUUAAGCGAUACGACCCCAAGCGGCUUGCAAAGGCGAAUAUCGAUACUGAUAGUGUUGAUCGGGUGCGAAAGAGGAUACGUAAAGGAAAAGAGACAAACACGGAUCCCGUUUUGGAGAGGUUCAGUCCUAGUAGGGUACUGGGAGCCGUCAGCGAAAAGUUUGCGGAAGACUUGGACACGUAUGUUGAAAAGAAUCCCGCGGGGUUAUUGCUUUCCAAGAAGAAAGGUACAGCCAAGAAUGGGACCGAUGGCAAGCACACAGCAUGGUCUGGGGAACCGGUAUCGGAUGCCCGGUUCAAAAUGCUGAUGAAUCUAAAAUACAUGAACUCUCUUGUGGAGCCUGGAGAGGCGGUUGGACUGCUCGCUGCGCAGAGUAUUGGAGAACCCUCCACCCAAAUGACACUGAACACUUUCCAUUUUGCCGGUUUCGGUGCCAAGAACGUGACCCUUGGUAUCCCUCGUCUGCGUGAAAUUAUUAUGACGGCUUCCGCAUCGAUCAAAACGCCGAUGAUGAGACUACCUCUUUUGGAGGGAGCCAAAGACAAGGGCGACAAGCUCUGCAAGCAAAUCAGUCGGUUGGUUCUUGGUCAGGUUAUGGAAGGUGUAACGGUGCGAGAACAGUUGAGCGGCAAGGGGGAUGAUCUGACUCGAAAGAAGAUUUUGACGCUUCGACUCCAGUUCUGGCCGCGUAAGGCUUAUGAGAAGGAACAUGGGCUCACUGUCGAAGACCUUGGACGCGUGAUUGAGAAGCGAUUUGUGCCGGCUUUGGAAAGGGCCAUUGUGAGAGAUUUGAAAGCAAAGAUACGCAAAUCUGAUGAUGCUGAGGACGAUGAGAAGAUUGGGGUCGGAUUGGGCAGUUUUGAUGAGGGUGGCGGCAAGGUACGCCGCAGCACUGGGGACGAUAAUGAUGAAGAUGGGGUGAGCAAUACAAAGGCUAAAGGUAAAAAGGACCAGGAAGAGGGAGGGUUAGAUGAUGAGGAGGAUGCCGGAUCCGAUGUUGAUGGAGAGGAUGGAGAUGCUGCGAAUGCAAAGCGAGCAAAGAAUAGGGUUCAGCAUGCAUCGUAUGAUGCUCCAGAUGAGGAAGAUGAGGAGGUCAUUAAAGAGGCCAUAUCUCAGGAGGAUGGUGCGAGCGAUGACGAGGAUGGUGAGCCCGAGGAGAACGUGGAUGCGGAUGAGAAGACAAGAGAGGAGAAAAUCAAGGAGAGCAGCAAAUUUGUUGUUGGCUACAAGAUGGACCAGGGAGGUCGAUGGUGCGAAUUGACAAUGCAGUUUGCGGCCAAUACCAAAAAGUUGCUCAUGGUAGCUCUCGCGGAGCAAGUAUGCCACUCAGUCGUCAUUCACGAAGUCCGCGGUAUACAACGAAGCUACCCUCUCCCCAAUGAAUCGGAAAACGAUACCUCGGUCAACAUUGGUGCAGAUGGUGUCAAUCUGCGCGGUAUGUGGGACUUUGCCAAUCUCAUUGAUGUGACCAAAAUCUACACAAACGACAUUGCGGCCGUUCUGUCCACCUACGGUGUUGAAGCCGCGCGAGCAGCUAUUAUGCAAGAAAUCGCGAGCGUCUUUGGUGUUUAUGGUAUCAAUGUCGACAACCGGCAUUUGAGUUUGAUUGCGGAUUACAUGACUUUUGAAGGAGGAUACAAACCAUUCAACCGUAUGGGAAUGGCAUCAAACCCUAGCCCGUUUGCGCAGAUGAGUUUUGAAACUACUACAUCAUUUUUGACAACGGCGACCUUGACUGGAGAUUUUGAUCCCUUGGAAUCUCCUUCAGCGCGACUCGUACUUGGCAAAGUGGUGAAAGGGGGUACGGGUGCGUUUGAGGUGAGGCAACCGUUGAGCGGGAACCUAAGCAGAGGGGCGAGAAGCGCUCAAAUGCAGAGUGCUAAUGGAGAGCGAAUCAUGAGAGAUGUCGUCGUAGAAGCAUAGGCUCUGCAAUCUGAUAAACGUUAUAUGAUUUAUUUGUGUAUAUAGUUGGGGGGUAGCUAGUUUUUCGGAGUGCGUAGAAGGGAUUUCACACAUUGGAAUAGAUUUAUUUGGCAUCGUA